AUGACAGCAACGUUCGUUGGAUUGCCAAGGCACGAUGAGCAUGAUAGGAUGGAGCGUCGAGAGCGGGAUAAACUGGCCCGUGCCCAGCUGCAUUCCGAGCGGGAGCCGGAACCUACUGGCCCACUAUUCACAGCGCCGUUUAAAUUGCCAAGUACGUCGGACAUGGAUAUGCACAUCACGCAGCGGCUCGGCAACUACGAGGCGGUCAAGAAGUGCUUUAUGGAGACGUCCACGUCGUAUCAUGUGAUCGGUAUCGCGACCAGUCCGGCCUCGACGACGCCCCGGGCCGGCGUUAUGUUAACCUCUUCGUCCGCCGGCAGCCACCAUCGGUCGCUUCCACCAAAAACCAAUAGCAAUAGUAGUACCAUUAGCAAUAGUAACGUCAACUUCGUCAAACCGGCCGACAACCGCUCCCUCUACAACGGUGGCCGGCCGUCGGCGGUGGCAGCGACGACCAGCAGCGGUGGCGCCCCAGGCGGACACUACUCGUCCUCGACCGGCGGUGCGGCAGUCUCAUCAUUCAACAAGCAUGAGGUGCACGGUAUCCCAUCGAAAGGACCGCCCUCGUCGUCCCUUCUGCCACCCUCGCUGAUGAAUGGCCGCGCGGCGUCCGGCGGCUCGGCGGUUGGCGUUGGGAGCGCCAUCGCCGGUGGACUGACCACAGGACCUUCCGGUGUUGGCGGCGGCGGUGUGGAUAAGUUACCCUCGCAAAUGCCCAACGGCCGACUGCCCCAGGUUGCAAACGCAAAAAUGCCUAGAGUAAACUCAAGUGAUAUUUCCACUCCGCUCAAACAGGGCAACAAUGUGGAGAAAAUCCUGAACGAGAUGAAAACCAACCUGAAGACGCCGCUGACGGAGAUCGGGGCCACGCCGCGCAAGGAGCUGGAGUCCAAGUUUAGCUUCGGCGCGAACCCGAAGACCAAGUUCGUGUACGCGGCCGUGCCCCCGGUGCUGGGGCCGUUGACAUCCCUGCUGGCGCCGCCGCCGCCGGGCGGUGGAACGGGGGGCAGUACCGGCCCCGCCGGAGUCUCAAGAUCGUCGCUUUCCGGUUUGGGAAUGCUACGUCCGCUAGGACCGAGCAUCGAGGUGGACGACAAUCAGAACGGUGGAUCGGAGCGCAACUCUAGUGAAAGCUCGUCGAACGAAAGUGUGGACGAAUCUUCGAGCGAGGACUCGAACGUGGGCAAUAAGCUCCCAUCGGAAGCUGCCGCUGCGGCCGGUUCGAUCACGCCCCUCGGAGAUGGUGUAAGUUCGAACGGUGGCGCUGGAGGAGCUUCCACUGGGAACGGUGGGGCCGGUGUCGGGGGCCACACGGUGGCCGACGGCAACGGUAGCCCGAUACGGCGGACGGACUGGUCGCUGUUGAACUUUCUGCAACCCGCCAACCAACAAGUGCCAAAUGAAAGUGCCCACGCUGGUGGUGGUGCGGCCGGUGCCGGUGCCCAUCAUCAUCACCAUCAGCAGCAUCACCACGAGGAGAGUUCGAUAUCGUCGCCCUUGCGGCCGCUCAAGAUGGCGGGCAGUGGUGUCGAUGCCCUAUCGCCUCCCUCGGCGUCCGGUGCGUCCAUCAAGAACGAACCGAUUCCCCCGCUCGACGACGACCAUCUGUCGAAUGCGAGCAGCAACAACAGUGAUCCUUCCACGGCCAUUAUGAGCACCGCGACGGCGGCGGCGGCGGCGGCGGCGCCGUUGACGAACGGACUGGUGGCCGUUGGCGGCGGAGUGUUGCCUCCUGCGUCGUCAGCCUCGUCGUCGUCGUCGUCGUACGUGAAACAGGAACCGUAUCCCAGCGAGAACAGUGCCUCAUCGCCUCCACCGGCUCACGGCGGCGGCAUCAAGAGCGAGCGAAAGGAUGAUGUCACCGAUCGCCUGUCGCUGUCGAGCCCGAUCAAAAGCCCGGAGGUUCAUCAUCUUCUUCACCAUCAUCCCGUUGGCUACGCCAACCAUCAACAGCAGCAGCAGCAUCAGCACCACCAACAUCUGUUUAAUGACAGCGUCGAACCGGACGAUGUGAUAAGUGCCCUACAGGAAGCCAAAGAGUUUAGCCUGAUCAAACCGAUUUCGAGCAUGUCGGGCAGCAGUGAUUCGGACGAUGCGUUAGCAGACCCGGCCGCACUGGUGGACGGCGUGGAUGGUCCACCCUCGUCCAGACAACUGGCCGCAGCAGCACCACCAGCACCGCAGCACCAGGAUGGCGGCAGUAACGGUCUGCUGCACGAUGGCCCGGGAGGAGCGAGCACAGUGACGAGCGUCGGUGGAACUACGAAAAAGAAGAAACGGAAACGCAAGCUCCCGGCCGGAGGCGGGUUGACGGGGGAAGCACGGGAAUCACGCGAUGCGUCCACGAGCAGCAGUGAGGAUGAGCGGUACGGAAGCGGCGCACGCCGAAGUCGAUCGCAAUCGUUCGAGAAGGACAAAUCGAUCCUGAAGGCUCGGGGGCGACCGCGGAAAACGGGCAAUACUCAUGGUGGUGGAGGUGGGACCACAACCAGUGCGGCCUCCAGUGCCCGCUACUCGGACGCCGACUCCGUGGCGAGUGGAAGCACCAGCCGACGGGGGACGAGCAAAACGCCGUCUCACGGAUCGACACCAACGAAAAAGCAACUGGCGGGGCUCGGGGGAGCCUCGGUCGUGGCUUAUGGGGACCCCGGAAGCAUUAUGAGCCCUCCGCUCAGCAUUCCACCACCAUCGUCAUCCACGGUGGCGGCAAUGGUGGAAGCGAAAGGUUCCUCCACCUCGCGCAAGUCACGACCGGCGAAGAAGGGACGCACCUCGCGAAGGAGCAGCACGUCGUCGUCGUCGGGCGAGGACGACGAUCCAUCAUCCGGUGAUGGUGGUGGUGGUGGUGGUGGGCACGGUACGUCCGAUUCGUCCGAACCGGAGGAGUCCGAUUUUGUUGAUGGCAACGAAAGUCCGGCCGAACCGGUGUCGGCGCCGGUCGUGGUGGAACCGCCACCGCCGCCAGUGCCGUCGAGGAUGGGCGACGUGGGCGAUCAGCAAACGAUGAAAAAUGGGCCAACGGGCGGUGCAAGCAGCCGGAGUAGCAACAACAACUAUAACCUGCACACCCUGUCCUCGGACAGCAAUGACGAAACGUCAAUUAUUUCGCCUCCGUUUCCCAGCAGUGGCGGCCGAUCGGAAACGCUUGGAGCAGCACCUACGGUGGCCGGUGGCAAUCGGUCGAAGAAGAACCGCAAACGAUCCACGGCGUCCACCGCGGAGGAGGACAAUCGAGGUGCUACUGCAUUGCACAAAAGCUGCGACGAUGACGAUGAUGACGAUGACGACGAUCGGUCCGAUAGCAACAGUGAUAGCGACAGCGAUGCUCCGACCAAAAAAGAGAAGCAAAAGCAAAACAAAAACAAAAAGGCUGCCCUGUUUGCGCGGGUAUUUAUCAACACGGCGGCCUCCAGCGGUGGCAAAGGAAAGGGUGGCAAGGGAAAGGGUGGCAAGGGCAAGGGUCAAGUGUACAUUGACCACGUGGACGAGCUGCACGUCGGGAAGCAGGCGUCCACGACACCAACCUCCACCGGAAACCAGCCAACCGUCGAUCAGCGAAAGCACCACCAUCAGUUGGCCGUUCCGUCGGCGGACGUUUCUAGCACGUCGCCACGGUCCGUGUCCUUGGCCAACGGGGGUCGUCCGAGCAGCAGGGGAGGUGGCGUGGUAGGGCCCGGUGACAGUAGAGUGUCGCCAGUGCCGUCGUCACUGUUCUCCCCGGUUAAAGGUGCCUUAAGCAACAUUUCGCUCAUCUGCCGUAUCGAGUUGAGCCGCCUUUGGAAGAUACCGCCACCUCCGCCGGGCUCGCGAGGGAGCAAAGGGGGCGAACAAAGCUACAGUGCCCAGCGCAGUGCCUCAGCUCGCCAGAAGAGCAAAAGUCCCUACGAGCAGCAGCCACUCGGGGCGACGGCCGCGGGAAAGCGGCGCCGAAACUCGGCCGGUCAGCAGCAGCAGCAGCAAGACCCGGACCGCAGUAGUAGCUCGGUGCACAGUUCCUCGUCGACCCCGCGGCUCGAAGAGCGACCUGGCUCGGCCACCUACGGCGGUCGGCUACCACCGACGGACGCGUUGCUCGGUGAAAGUGGCACCGAAGGUCCGGUACGGCAUCGCAGUAACUCCAUCAACAGUGAUCACAGUGGUGCUGCGCAGAAAGCGCGCGAUUACCAUGCCGGUGGCGGUUAUGGCAACAAUUCCUCGUCCUCUUCUCCCUCGCUUCAUUCUAAUGGCAACCAUCGGCAUCACUCGCCGAUGGUGGGCUACCACCCGAGCCACCACCAUCAUCACCUGCUCGCUAGCGGCACGGACCCGCCGAAGGGAAAAUCGACACACCCUGCAUCUUACGACGAAAAGCUGCCCGCCAAAUCCGAGAAGCUUAGCUACGGUACGCUCAAGGAUGACAAAGCGGCCGCCCUGCUGUACACGAGCGGUGGCGCUAAGUACUCCAACUACGGUGUGAUAAAACAGGAAGGACCAUCGGCCAUCAAGCAGGAGUACGCCGGCGGAGAACUGACAGGCGAUGGUGUAUCGGAGAGCAAACUGCUCGGUACGACCGGGAAGCUCAUUGGCAAUGGCGGGACGGUGGCGGCGGGUGACGGUCAGACAGCGGUUCCCCCACCGGGGACCCGAAUGCGCAAACGCUCCACCAGCUCGAGCAGCACCUCAAACAACACGUACAAAGAGAAGCGCCGGAAAAAGGAUAAAACAACCAACAAUGCACAGACUGAUCCGCUUGACCAACUUCCACCAACCAAUCACGAUCGGUUAGCGGCGGAUGACUGCCAAACGGUGGCAGGAACCAACGCAGGAAUGCUCGUCACAGUCCAACAUCCGCAUCCAGCAGCGACAGCAGCGGCGGCCGGGUUACAUCACAGCAAUCACCACCAUCACAACAGCAGCCACCAACAGCAGCAGCAACCGCCUCAACAGCAGCUUUUGGGUGACGUCGCCGAUCCCAUCGGUACCAGCGGAACACCGGUGCCGGAGGUCACCGUGCAGAUUAAGAAGGUGUACGUGUCUUAUUUUGAGCGCAACGACGAUGAAGUCGUCGCUGGGGAUCAGAUCCGGUACCUGUCGGAGGCGAAGCGCCUCAAGCAUGCGGCCGAUCGCGAGCAGGACCACCUGGCGCAGGCCAUGCUGUACCUGGAGGCGGUGCUAUUUUUCUUGCUCACCGGUGACACGAUGGAACGAGAUCCGAUCACCGAGAAGGCGGCCUUUACGAUGUACAAAGAUACGCUUUGUUUGAUAAAAUUCAUUUCAUCGAAGUUUCGUAGCCAACUGCAGCACCCCACGGUGCAGGGCAAUAUUCACACGAAAGUUGCCAUCUUGAGUUUGCGGUGCCAAUCGUUGAUCUAUCUGAAGUUGUACAAAAUGCGCCGGCCGGAUAUGAAGGAAUCGUGUAAAACGAUCGCCGAGUUCAACAGCAGAACCAACACCGUACCGGCCGAGCUGACCAACGGUAACACACCGUCGCCUCUGUCUCCGACAUCGGUUGGCUCACAGAGUUCUGGCUACUGCUCCGGCCACAACAAUCAGCCCGGUGCGAUCCCACCGAUGAAUCUGUCGCCCGCCCAAUGCAUACAGAUGCCGAUCAAUGUUCACAAUGCGUAUCAAAAACAAACCACGCUCUUUACGAACCUGUCCACCUGUUUCGAUCUUUGGGAACAAGCGGAUAGUCUCGUGUUACGAGGGAACCAUAUCGAAUUCUUCAUCGACCUUGACCACGAAAAUGGUCCUAUGACGCUGCACAGCUCGCUGUACAACGUCGUCAAGUACGUUCAAGCGGGCAUCCAGAAGCUGCGGCGCAUGUAACAUUGGGCGC